CAGAACCACAGGCAGCGUGCGCGAGACACGGCGUUUCCCCCCCGGAUGCUCGUCAGGAAACGCCAACCUCACGGACGAGAGACGGGACGCGGGGGACACUUGUCUCAGGCCCGUCCUCGUGUUGCCGCGGAGCAUCAGGGUGUGAAAUAUUGAUGGGGACAGCCGGCAGGUCUCUGCCUUUCUGAUCGAUGCAUCGCACAGCGAGGGGGCCGCCAGCUCCGCCCCCAACAGGCCCGACCACGGAGCCCGGCGCCGGAGCAGGUGGAGCAGGUGGAGCAGGUGAGCGGGCGGAGGGGGGUCAGGGAGACCAGCCGCUCGUCCGGGAGCUGUGGUUCAUCGCGCUGAUGGCGGCCGUCGCCCUGCUGCUGCUCGCCGUCGCGUUAGGCGUGACGCUGCACAAGGCCCUCAACAGACCCCCCUUCAGCAGAGAGAGACCCCCGCUGGUGGCUCUGCCCAUGAAGAAGAGGAACCCCAUGGCCGUUUAUUCCGCCAGCAACUCGGUCAUGUUCAACACGAUGCCCGACACCACCGGCUUCUCCAGCGGCGUGACCCUGAAGGCUUUCACCAUGAAGAUGGAGGAAGUGCUGGACGCUAAGUGCGAGGCGCCGGAUGAGGUCACGCCCCCAGCUGAGCUGGAGAUCCUCAGCGUGAACUCACUGAGACGCAGCGUCAGCCAGGUGAUGGACGGGAAGUCCGUCACGGGAGACGAGGACGCGUGGGACCCCAACAUCUCGGGCCACGACAGCGGGAUGUUCAUGGACGACGAGGAGUUCGUGGACACCGUCAAAGGCUUCAGCACGGUGAGGAAGGAGCACACCAUGUUCACCGACACCAACCUGUGAGCCCAGGACGACCUUUGAACCCCGCGUGUCCGGCGGGCUUCUGUCUCACGGCGACAAAAGUAACGCAGCUCGUGACGACAUCACUGGAGUAACUACGGCAACCGGGAGGAGGAAGCUGUUGCUACGGCGCCGACAUGAAAAGAAACAACACGUGGAAGAAACAGACACAAACCAAAGACACGGCCGAACAAAUUCAUCUAUUUGGUUUUAGUACUUUUAAAAGUGUCAUUUAAAAUUUUUUUAUCCUGAUUUAUAUUUGGAUACUUUUUGGCGAUGAAGCAGGAAACGUUUUGUGAACUCGCACCGUCUUUACUAAAAAUAACUGAAAUAACAUGUUAAUAAAUGCUUUAAUAUCAGUAAAUAAAGAACAGCAAAGCAC